ACGAUGGUCAAAUCGUACGAUCGUUUUUCUGAAAAGAAUAUGUGCAUGAGCCGUGACCUGGAAGGAACAGAAGUUUCACCUGUUAUAUGGGGUGAACUUAAUGACUUGGUCGGCCGAUUUUCUAAAUCAUUGAUGGCACCAUCGGAUUACCGAGCGAACGCCGUUUUCGAUUUUUGGAUGAAAAAUCGUUCAGAAUUCGAACCAUGUAUCGCCUGCAUAAGGCUGGUGUUAAUUGUGUAGUGGCAGAAAUCUUCUGAACCUUGCUGUGGCUCUAAGUGUCUAGAUUUUGUGUGGCUAUUGAAGUACCCAUACAAAAAAAAAAAAGAUC